AUGUCUAGAGCUGCUGAAAAUUUCAAGCUAAAGCUCCAACAGAAGAAGAGUCGCCGCCCACCACCUCCAAGACAAUUAUCAGUCACCCCCCCUCCAUCAGCACUUAAAGGGCCUGAACUCCAACUUCCAGGUACUGGACCAUUGACUGAUGAGGAGUUUCAAAGGGCUGCAGCCCUCCAACAGUCUGUUUACGCUAUAAGACAAGACAACAGCAGACAGUUGAUAUCUCAGACAUCGCAACCAGCAGCGAACGAGUCUGCCAAGAGCCGAGUCACAGUUAAGCGAACCGGCGGAGGUAAAACUUGGGAAGAUUCCAGCUUGCUCGAAUGGGAUCCGACCCACUUUCGCUUAUUUGUUGGCAAUCUAUCACCAGGGGUAACAGAUUCAAAUCUUAUACAAGGCUUCAAGAAGUACCCUACAAUGUCUAAAUGUAAAGUUGUCAUGGAUCACCGGACUGGGAAGAAUAAGGGAUAUGGAUUUGUUGCGUUUAAAGACGCAGAUGACUACUUCAGGGCCUUUAAGGAAAUGAACGGUAAAUACAUAGGUCUUCGACCCAUCCAGCUUCGGCGAGCGAAUACAGAAUUACAACCGACGAAAGUCAAAGCACGGUCUAAGCCCUAUGAUCGAAAGUGA